UCUCAUUAGGUUGUUCAUUAACUGUGGAGGUUUUAGUUGCACAUUAUCUGUUCGAUAGAAUUCCUGAAAGAAUUCUUUCUUGGCAUUGAAUUGAAUUACCUAAAAAUGAGUUUCUUGAUUGCUGUAACUGGGCUUCAAUACAAUGCACCAUUUGUAAAAUAGUUAUAAUCUGAUAGAACACGCGUAUACAUGCACAUAGCAAUUCUACAUGGUCAUUAUGUGUACCUCAAAUUCAGUUGCCCAGAUCGCAGGCCCAAUUAUAGACGGUCCAUACACCUAGAAAUCACACUGAAUGCAUGAUCCUAAUUGGUCGACUCAUGGACAUCUAAUGGGCAGUUGGGUUGGACCGCCCAAUCAAUUUGAUCUUGGGCAUGUGACCCACCCACAUUGGGUCCCACUAAUUUGUUGCUUUUUGGUUAUGUCACAUGUUUUCCAUGUAUAUGGAGGCCGAGCGCAUGCUUGCUGAAUUGGAAUUGCAAACAUUCAGAGAAUCAAUUCCGGAUUCUGUGUAAAAAAUUUGGACACUGAGGAAACUAAGAUGGAGUGUGUGGUUCUCUACUGAACAAGAGUGCAGCCUACCUCAGCGGAAAUCAUAGUUGGUGCAGCACUACUGAAAUGUAUUGUUUGAUGGGGGCAGAUCCCAACUUGCUAUGUAAGUCAUGUCAGUCAAAAUAAGAAGGACAAGAAAGGAAGCUGCAACUCUCAUCGGCGGCGUAAGUUGGCCUCUGCUACAGGAUCCUCAUCGCAGUACAUCCCAUUAGAGGAAGUUUAUAUAUUAAAGGAAGAGAGGGAGGAGAGCUUGUGCUCGACAUUGAUUGAUCUUAUUUGAUAGAGAUGGAUUUUCAUCAGCAUAUUGCCUUGUGUAAGCGAGGCAUGUUGAAAGGGGUUGUGGCUGUGAUGGCCCUUGUCUUGGCUGCAUUUAUCUUGGGUCCCCCUCUUUACUGGCACGUCACAGAGGGAUUUGCUACUUUAGGUCAUGCCUCUUUCUGCCCUCCUUGCAUCUGUGAAUGUGCUUCGCAACCCCUUCUUAGUGUGCCGGAAGACUGUGGGAAACGCAACUUGGAGGUGAAUGAAGAAACAGAAAGGGGUUUGUCGGACCUCCUAAUGGAGGAAUUGAAGUUAAAGGAAGCAGAAGCUUUGGAAAAACAACAGCAUGUCAACAUGGUGGUCCUUGAGGCUAAGAAGGCAGCAUCUCAAUACCAAAAAGAGGCAGAUAAAUGCAAUUUUGGGAUGGAAAGCUGCGAAGAGGCAAGAGAAAAGGCCGAAGACGCAUUAUUAGACCAAAAGAGACAGUCGACAAUGUGGGAGAUGAGGGCUCGCCAACGAGGGUGGAAAGAAUAAGAGCAGCCUAUGGAGUCAAUCUUUGGAGGGGAUCUCCAGGCGAUGUAGUGCCCACCAUGACCAUCCAAGUAGACAUUCUUUGGUAGUUUUACUGGAAGAGAGUGCUUGACAGCAGAUGCUGAUGCCUGACAUGCGCAGUUUGCAGUUGCCUUCUCUGCACCUGUUAGAUUCUUGGACAUGAAGGGAUCUGUGUAAGCGAUCCAGUUCUUUUGUUAUUUGGACUGAAUCCCUGAUGAUAGUCAGCUUAUCAUCAUGAUCUUCGGUUUCUCCAUUAUUUCUUUUUAUUAUUGAGCAAGGACCAUGUGUUUCAUUGAA